CGCUGUAAAACCGUGGCUGUCACCCAGGGAAGCUAACAGCCUAUAAUUGAAUCAUAAGCAUCAGGGUGUGGAGAUUCUUGGAGUUAAUUGACAGGAUAUCAAGAGAAACAGGAGGUUUACCUUCAGAUCUCUGCAGCUGGGCCGACUGAGGAAGCUGAGAAAGUCUGGAUCGGAAACUGACUUUAGGUCAUAAAGAUAGAGACUUCACCAGGUUUCUUGUGUUCAAGAUGAAGAUAGCAGGCUUGUUCUAGGAACUAUCAAGAAAGAAACGACAUUAAGAGCUGAAGAAUCGAGCUGCAUCUACAUUUUCCCCCCGUGAAACAGAAACAGUCAGUAAUGUCGAAGCUGGUUUGCUCUCUGCUUUUCCUUUGUUUACUUCCAGCUGUGGUUCCCCUCUUCUGUUACACCUGUGUGUUCCCCGCCAUCUCACCUCUGGACUGCAUCAGAUUCCCCCUAAAGUGUCCACCCGGGCAGGUCUGUCUGUCCAGCAGAGCUGUGGGCGAGAAAGGAGACUUCCGUGUGGUGUUGUAUGAGAAGAGCUGCAUCUUGCCCUCCAUGUGCGGAGUCACCGGACAAAAACACACCAUGGGACUCAACUUCACCUUCACUAAUGAGUGCUGCAGCACACAUCUGUGCAACGGAGCUGCACGACCUGCUGCUCCCUUCUGGACUGGCACAUUACUCACACUUCUUAUUUCAAUCUUAGUUUGGUGAAUAGCAAAAUAUGUGGAGAAAAAUAAAUCAUUUAACACACAUGAAGCAGACUUGCCUUGUCUGCCCUCUAAUAGACUGACACUGUACUAAACUCGCAUUUAGUAAUUGUGCACUAAUCUGUGGUAAACCAAUGCUAGUUUUACCAUGUCUGUGAGAUGGAAAAAAUAGAUUUUUCUCUUAUUAUUGCUCACUAAAGACAGAGCUUUUGGAGGGGACGGUGGGGAUGAGUGUAACAUGUUUAGCUUAUAUUCCCAUGAUUUAGUAUUUAUACACAAACUGUGAUAAAACAAAACUACCUCUAUCCAAUUAUCAAUCACAUUUGCCUCAGAGGGCUCUAAAGGGUGUGUGUGACAUGUACCCUCUGCCUUUAGAUCAGCCACCAAAUUUUUAUAAAAAAGCCACCAAAAAAAAGGAACACAUAGAGUAGGCAGUGGUAAAAGUAGCAGAAUUCAGUGUGAAGCAACAAAGUUACAGCAAAAUGUAGGUUUCAGUGUUAAUAAAUUAAAUGUUACCAAAGUUUAAGAAGGAUCACUUAAGGAUCACUUCAGGCUAUGUGGUGGAUAAUAUGUCAUUGAGACCCUCUACAUGGUCAGAGUGAAAGCUCCAUACCUAACGUGACCUGACUUAUAUUUUUACGUUAAAAAAAACUAAACAAACAGAGUAUGAUAAUGUGAGCAGUUUACCCUUGAUUUUUUAAAAAUG